CCGCCGCCGGGCGCUUGGGAGCCCAACGGACGUGCGUUGGGCCGUGACGUCUCAAGGGGUGCGAGGGAGGAGGAGGAGCCCCCCCCCCAGUCACCCCGCGUUAGUAGCGCUGGCUUUGGGAGGGAGCCUUCAUCCGCCCUCGCCUCCCCGGCGCGUCGCGGCAGGUGCCGGUGUCGCGGCAGCCCUGACUGGCGUGCCGGUUGUCGCGGGGGGGAGGGGGAAAAGGAGGAGACCCUCCCCGAGACCGAGAUGCCGCCCCGCCGCUCCCCUCCCGCGGCCGGCGGGGAAACGGCAGGUCGGGCCGGUGUACGCGAGCGGGCAGCGGCGGUGACUCCCGAAAUGAGUUGCACAAUUGAAAAAGCCUUAGCAGAUGCGAAAGCACUGGUGGAACGGCUAAGAGAACAUGACAAUGCAGCAGAAGCUCUUAUUGAACAGACUACAGCUCUUAACAAGCGGGUUGAAGCAAUGAAACAGUAUCAAGAAGAAAUUCAAGAACUCAAUGAAGUAGCAAGACAUCGUCCUCGGUCUACGUUGGUAAUGGGUAUCCAACAAGAAAACAGACAGAUUAGGGAAUUGCAACAGGAGAAUAAAGAACUACGCACAUCUCUUGAAGAACAUCAGUCUGCUUUGGAACUCAUAAUGAGCAAGUACAGAGAACAGAUGUUUAGGUUGCUUAUGGCGAGCAAGAAGGAUGAUCCAAGUAUAAUAACGAAGUUGAAAGAGCAACAUUCCAAGGAGCUGCAAGUGCAUGUGGACCAAAUUACAGAAAUGGCAGCAGUAAUGAGAAAAGCCAUUGAAAUUGAUGAAAAGCACGGCUGUAAAGAGCAGGAACGUAUAAUUCAGCUUGAGCAAGAAAACAAAGGCUUGAGAGAAAUUCUUCAAAUAACUAGAGAAUCAUUCCUGAACCUCAAGAAGGAAGAUGCAUCAGAGAGCACGUCUCUGUCAGGAUUAGUAACAAGCAGUGAUUUGAGCCUGAGGAAAAGCUGAAGACUGUGGAAGUCAACAAGUUUCAAUUGCACACUUUACAAACGGAGUAUCAGGGGUCACUUGUCAAGCACUUGUUAUUGAAUAGGGCACCAGCAAGCUAAUGCAUCUUAAACUCCAGUUCAGUGGCUUUUAUACUGCAUAAAAUAAAUUAAAGUUGGUAUUCCACAAAAGCCAAAUGACAGAUUAAUUGCCGUAGGUCUAACUUCAGUGAGAAAUGGAUUAACGCACUUACCGAAUUGGGAAUUAUUUUUAUAUGAAGUCAUUUUACAGGUAAGACAAGAUUUCACAUAAUUUCUAUAAAUUAUUGCUCAUACAAAGUUUCAGUGCACCUAUUAUAUAAUAAAGGUAAGAUUUAAAGUCUGAUCUCUGUCUAAAGACUAGUAAUUUAAGAAUGUGCUUGUGCACGAUCCACACUAUCUUUUUUCCUUUUAAUAAGUUCUAAAAAAAAUUCUCACUUUGCAACAAAUCUGUUUGAUGGAAAGCGUACAUAGGCACCAUAAAACUUAAGGAUUUCUGUGAUUUAGCCACCACAGAGUAUCCUGUUGAAAUAAGGCCAGUUGUCUCAACCUAAGCAAUGCUUUUGCAUUUGCUCAAUGUUUUAUUUUUUUUUUUAAUUGAACAAGAUUGUUUAAAAUACGUAUACGUAACUGUAAUUUCAAAACAAGAGCCGCUCCCACUUUAUCACUUUGUGGAACGCAGCAUAGCAUCGUUCUGCCUUAACUUUUACUUUUAUGAGAGAAAACCAGGCUCAGAUCUCUGUAGGUGAGAAGCCACGUUAGUCCCACUGAUUUCUUCUCUUGAUUGCCUGCCCAAACUUCCUGACUGGGAAAUGGCAAUUUGAAAGCACCCAAACAGCAGCAGCAGAGAGGUGGCUGGGGGAAGAAGCUCUCUGAAUCUUCACUGCAUUUUUUUUUAUAAAUGGAGAAACUGCUACUUCUCUUAUCCAGAGCAUCUUCGCUUGUUUCUAGGCUUAAGAAUAUAUUGAGGACGUUCAUGUGCAUGGGAAAAAAAAAAUUGAAUCCUUUCAAAACUUGCUAAACAUGUGGGGGGAAUUUUUUUGGGAAUGUUUUAGCUCAAGCACAAAAUCUACUUGCUUGCUGCUAUUUUCUGUAAAAUUUUGCCAAUGCUUCUAUAAUUAAGAUUUUGCAUUUCUUCAUAGUUUGCAAGCUGGUGACUUAUCAGAAGCAACGGUUUUUUGUUUUGUUUUUUUUUUUAAUGGAGUGUUUCGCUGUUGCAAAUGUAUGAGAAGUUUUGGGUUCAGUUGAUUAAGUUGUUCUUUUUAAAAGCAUCUUUUCAGACGUUGACUGGUCUCAGAGGCAUUUAUAUCCAUUUAAUGCUGAAUGCAGUUUUAUGGCUGAUUUUUCUGGUUUCUCUUUCAAAUACAGUCUCCAGAGCUGUACAGCAGAGAAGGGGUUGUUAGUCUGUGGCAGUUCUUUAAGGUUGCUCUAUUACGAAAUAAUGCUUGAUUAGUGUUUAUUUUUGUAAAUUAAAAAAAAAUGACAUAAUUUAUCUAUGCCUAGUCUUCACGUUUGAUAGGUCUCCCCUGUCAUUCCUCUGACCUGAUGAUCACUUUAGGAUUUUAAAGAACCUUCACAGUGUGUGGAGUGACUAUUUUUCAUUGCAUACCUGUUAUUUUUGUAAUGCAGAUAGCUUGAAAAGAAUUUAUGUCUAGAAUUGUGUACUGUACAGUAAACUUAUUUUAUCAAUAAAGUUGACUGAAAAUCUG